AUGUGGUGGCUUUUAGCAACAACAUGUUGUAUGCUUCUUCCUGGACCCAUACAUGGCUAUAAGCAAGGGGGCAUCACAAAUCCCGAAGCCAGUAUGAACACUGUAUGUAUUUUUCAGAGUGAAAUUAUUUCUUACUGGGGCUAUCCUUAUGAAAUGCAUGAUGUUGUAACAGAGGAUGGUUAUAUUCUUGGAACUUACCGAAUUCCUCAUGGGAAAGGAUGCUCAAGGAACACAGUUCCGAAGGCAGUUGUAUAUCUGCAGCAUGGCUUAGCUGCAUCCGCCGAUAACUGGAUUUGCAACCUGCCCAACAACAGCCUGGCUUUUCUUCUGGCCGAUAGUGGUUAUGACGUUUGGUUGGGGAACAGCCGAGGAAAUACCUGGUCCAGAAAACACCUGACACUGUCACCCAAGUCACCGCAAUAUUGGGCCUUCAGCUUGGAUGAGAUGGCUAAAUAUGAUCUUCCAGCUACAAUCAAUCUGAUCUUAGAGAAAAGUGGACAGAAGCAACUCUUCUAUGUGGGCCACUCGCAGGGAACCACCAUAGCGUUCAUAGCAUUCUCUACAAAUCCAGAGCUGGCUAAAAAGAUUAGGCUGUUUUUCGCACUAGCUCCAGUGGUCACAGUAAAAUAUACUCGAAGCCCAAUGAAAAAAUUAACCUCCCUUUCCAGGAAAGCUGUCAAGGUAUUGUUUGGUGACAAAAUGUUCUCCACUCAUACGUGGCUUGAACAAUUCAUUGCUACCAAAGUGUGCAACCGAAAGUUAUUCCGUCAGAUAUGCAGCAACUUACUGUUUUCUCUAAGUGGAUUUGAUCCCCAAAACUUAAACAUGAGUCGCUUGGAUGUUUAUAUGGCACAGAGUCCUGCAGGAACAUCGGUUCAGAACAUGCUGCACUGGGCCCAGACUGUCAAUUCUGGUCAACUCCAAGCUUUUGACUGGGGCAAUCCUGACCAGAACAUGAUGCACUUUAACCAGCUUACACCUCCUGUAUACAACAUCACUAAGAUGCGUGUCCCAACAGCAAUGUGGAGUGGAGGACAGGAUAUUGUGGCAGAUGAUAAGGACACUAAAAAUCUGCUCCCUAAAGUUGCCAACCUUAUCUACUACAAGGACAUUCCACACUACAAUCAUAUGGAUUUUUACCUUGGACAGGAUGCUCCCCAGGAAGUUUACCAAGACCUAAUUAGAAUGAUGGAUGAAUCUUUGCAAAAUUAA